GUCUGUUUGCCACGUGGUGCAGUGAAUUCACAAACAGAGCCUUGUCAAUUCGCGUCCAGCAUGGCCGACUUUCUAACUUCUGGCAACGAUGAUAUUGACUUUGAUAGAGCUGCCUCAGCUUUCCCUGACAUCUCCCUCGACGACAUAGGUGACAUGCCGGCUCUCCCAACUACCACGUCCCCAGCGGCUCCAGUGCCCAGCUCUUCCGGCUUUUCAUUUGAUGACUUUGACUCGCCCACACCUGCAGCUGCCCCGGUCAAGGUAACCGGAGAUGACGAUAUUGAAAAGUUCGAAAGCGAGUUUCCAGAUAUUGACAUACCUUCAUCCCCUCCAGUAAUGAUGCACCAAACCUCACAACCUUCUUUUGGAUCUGCCUUCGCCCCUAUACCCCAACAAUCAGCCUCUCUCUCAACGCCAACUAUAGUUCCGGAAAUCCCAGAGGAGGAGCCCGAAGUUAUCAAAGAAUGGCGCCGAAAACAGGCGGAAGAGAUUGCUGCCCGUGACGAAGCUUCUCAAAGGCGCCGAAAUGACAAUAUUGCAAAGGCAGAGAAGGCUAUCGAUGAUUUCUAUGAGAAUUACGCCGCGAAGAAGGAAAGGAAUAUCCGGGAGAACAAGGACGAAGAAGCUGAUUAUGUCCAGUCUCUCACCGAAUCACUCUCCGCUGGCACGACUUGGGAGCGUAUCUGUAAUUUAAUUGAACUCCAGAAUUCUCAGUCGAAAACCAUUGCUCGCACUGGUGCUGGCACCACUGACAUUACGAGGUUCAAGGAGGUGUUGUUGCGGCUCAAGAGGGAAGGUGAUAUGGCACCGGGAGCUGCUGGAUAUUGAGACCAAUGCUUAGAUUGAAAAUAUAGUGAACCUUUGCGGUAGAAGAAUAUGUCAUAGUCGUCUCAUUCCUUCGAAGUUAUGUUUACAAGAUUUGUUU